AUGGCGACACGGAGUUGUCUCCCGGCGCUGGAUUGGCAGCAGAGGUGGAGGAUCGCGCUUGGCUCGGCCAAGGGAUUGGCCUACUUGCACGAGGACUGUGAUCCUAAGAUUAUCCACCGUGACAUCAAGGCGGCAAAUAUACUUCUGGAUUACAAUUUCGAGCCCAAGGUUUCAGACUUUGGGUUGGCCAAGAUCCAGCCCGCAGAUGACACUCACGUCUCCACGCGCGUCAUGGGAACCUUCGGAUACUUGGCCCCGGAGUACGCCACCACCGGCAAAGUAACGGACCGAUCCGACGUCUACUCCUUCGGAGUGGUGCUUCUGGAACUGAUAACAGGGAUGACGCCUGUCCUGUCACCCGAGCCAGACAACGACGAGACUCUGGUUUCUUGGUCAAGGCCCAGGCUGACAAGAGCUCUCGAAGAGGACGUCCUGGACGAGCUGACCGACCCGAGCCUGGGCACCGAUUAUGACGGCGUCGACAUGCGCCGGCUCAUCGCCUGCGCUGCCGCCGCGGUGCGGACCACGGCCCGGUCCCGCCCGCGGAUGAGCCAGAUCGUGCGGUUCCUGGAGGGGCAGAUGUCGGUGGAGGCCCUGAACGCCGGCAUGGCGCCGGGGCAGAGCGAGGUCGUGGACGACGGCGGCGCGGCCGAGCAGCUGCGGCGGAUGAGGCGGAUGGCGUUCGUGCCGGGGACCUCCUCUACCGGAGGCUUCGGCCUCACUGAGAACAUGAGCAGAAGCUACGUGAGCGAGGCGACGAGCGAGUACGGGCUGCACCCGUCGUCGUCCAGCUCCAGCGACGACGACGCCGCCACGAGCGAGGCGGCGGCCAGCGCGCACGGGGCCACGAACCGGCCGCAAACCGCCGUGUCCAGCGCCGCAGUCGCGGUGGCGGGGAGGGAAGGACAGAGGUCCGGCGAGAUCAGCGCCGCCGAGGGGAUUACCCGCCGCACGCGGUCGGGACACACCGACGAGUGA